UUCUCUGAGCAUUGAGCUCCACCACUUCCAGCGGGUCCACUGUCCAUUGUCCACCGUCCAACCAACCUCCACUCUCCUCCCGACAUCGACCGAUUAACCAUCGCGGCCUCCACACAAUCGUCGGCGUCGGUCGUCGCUCUCCACGCAAUCGUCCCUAUUGCUUACAGUCCCUUUUGACAAAGCUUCCUGGGAAGCAGAAAAUGUGAAUUAGUUCUAGUUAUCUACAAUCGAAUCCUUCAUGAUUUUGGUGUUUUGUAUAUGCUAAUCAUCUUUUGUCGUACUGUAUGUCUAGUUAUCUACAUUCUUGCUUCUAUUUCGUUCCAGGCUGUUACCUCAUGGCAUGGUUUUUUUCUUUUAAUAGUUUUAAGUCUGUUGUGCUUCUCUAUCUCUGUGCUUUCUCAGGUUUCAACUUUGUUUCACUUCUUCUAGUUGAAUCUGUUCAUCCCCUCAUUUGCUGGUCUAUCCAUAUGUCUUUUGAUUCUUUGAACGUGGUCAAGUCUCCUGAAUUUAUCUUGAAAUGUUGAUGUACUGCUGUUUCUUGCUUCCUCCAUUAUUUGGUGAUUGCAUAUCAUAUUUUUUUUUCUUCAAAAUUGAUGAACAUGUUGGUUACUGUUGUGGGAAAUUUAUGUCCUGAGUGGUAUUGUUGUGUCCUAAGGGUUUUAGGUUAGAAAGGACGAACAUUUGAAAAGAGAAAAGAGAAGUGCUUACUGCACAAAUUUCACUCAUUACAGUUUGCAGCACAAAUUUGCUCCUUGGAUUGGCGCAUGAUAUGUUCUCUUCUCUAUAUGAGAUGUUUCCACUUUAACCUUCCAAUGCUCUGUACAAUAAAGGAUCAGAGAAAGAGAUGAAUCGUCAUAGGGACAUGGUUGCAAAUUUGAGAACAAAAGUAAACCAAAUGGCUUCCACAUUGAAUAUGUCAAACUUUGCCAACAGGGAUAGCUUGUUGGGUCCAGAAAUAAAGCCAGCUGAUGCCAUGCAUAGAACUGAAGGUCUGGACAACCACGGCAUUGUCGGUCUUCAGUGGCAAAUUAUGAAAGAGCAAGAUGAGGGCCUUGAAAAGUUGGAGGAGACAGUAACAAGUACAAAACAUAUUGCACUGGCAGUCAAUGAAGAACUUGAUCUUCACAUUAGACUUAUUGAUGACUUGGAUCAACAUGUGGAUGUUACUGAUUCUCGCUUACGGGCCAAUUCACAUUACUUUGCCAUAAUUGAACAGAUUGCAGAGGGGAAUAUGUGGUUGAACGACAACAUUGGUGUUGUUCCUAAAAAUUCUUGGGCAAUAGAUCCAUUUGGCUACUCAGCUACCAUGGCAUAUCUCUCCGCCGUAUGGGUUUCGAGAACAUGCUUAUUUAGAGGACUCAUUAUGAGGUAAAGAAGGAACAUGCUCUGAAAAAUAAUUUAGAGUACACAUGGCGCCAAAAUUGGGAUGCUGAGGAAACGACUGAUAUUUUUGUGCACAUGAUGCCCUUCUAUUCAUAUGAUAUCCCUCAUACUUGUGGGCCAGAGCCUGCUAUAUGUUGUCAGUUUGAUUUUGCUCGAGUACACGGCUUUUUUUAUGAGAUGUGCCCAUGGGGAGAGCAUCCAGUGGAGACCAGCCCAGAAAAUGUACAUGAAAGGGCUCAAGUAUUCCUAACACAGGCAGCAAAGAUGGGACAACAGUCUUCCUCAUUGAUGCCAUCAUCCUCCAGCUCAUAGAUCUCUUGGUGAUUCACAUAUGGAUUAGCAUGAUGUCAUUAUUCAUUGACUUAAAUAAUAUAUUUUAUAAUAUGAAUUUUAUACUAUUUGGAUCCAUUAUGUAUUUUGAGAUAUUUUAAGUUUCUUAGUGUUGAACUAUAGUAAUGUUUUGGACUUUUAGAUUUCAGAAUUAUGAAAUGAAGUUGAUGUGUAUAUAUUGUCUUUGAUGUUUUAUGUAUUGGAAUGUGUGUGUACAUAUUGAUAUUAUAUAGCAGGUUUAUGAAUUUAUUGGAAAAA